CAAAAUUUUAAGAAUUAAUUUCUUUUUAAUUUAACCAGUGAAAACAUCUCUUUGUUUUGAUCACCAUCAUGUAUGUGGUUGAAAUCAAAUUAAAUUUAUUUAAUUUUCUUCAUCAUACGCAGCAAUUUUCUAAUUAAAACUCCCUUCUCUCUCCCCAUCCUCUGUCUCUCACACACAAACACCAAGAAAUGGAGAUAUUACAGAAAUCAGUUGCAGUAUGUUGUGCAGUUAUUUUCUUGAUUUAUGCAUGGAAAAUCUUGAACUGGGUUUGGUUUAGGCCAAAGAAGCUUGAGAGAUGCCUCAGACAGCAGGGUUUCAAUGGAAACUCGUAUAAGUUGUUGUUUGGAGACUUCAAGGAGAUGAUGAUGAUGGCAAAUGAUGCUAAGUCGAAGCCCAUCAAUUUCUCUAAUGAUAUUAUGCCCAGAGUAAUGCCCUUCAUCCAAAAAGCUGUCCAAAACUAUGGGGAGAAUUCCUUUUUAUGGUUUGGGCCAAGACCUGCAGCACUUAUCACGAACCCGGUAAUCAUAAGAGAGGUUUUGUCAAAAAGUUAUAUUUUUCAGAAGCCACCUUCUCAUCCGAUAUUUAAAUUGCUCGCACAAGGUCUAGCUACCUAUGAAACAGAUAAAUGGGCUAAGCAUCGAAGAUUGAUCAAUCCCGCUUUUCACCUUGAGAAGCUAAAGCAUAUGUUACCGUCAUUUUACUUGAGUUGCUACGAGAUGUUGAGAAAAUGGGAGAAGAUUGUACCCAGUGAAAGAUCAAGUGAAUUAGACGUGUGGCCUUAUCUUCAAACUUUGACAAGCGAUGCAAUUUCACGUACUGCAUUUGGCAGUAACUACGAAGAAGGAAGAAAGAUAUUUGAACUACAAACAGAACAAAUAGAGCUUAUCACACAAGCAAGAAAUUCUUUUAUAAUCCCGGGAUGGAGGUUUUUGCCGACUAAAGCCAAUAGAAGAAUGAAGGAAAUUGCAAAGGAAGUCGAAUCAUCUGUACUAGGCAUAAUUAGAAAAAGAAUAAGCGCAAUAGAGGUGGGUGAAGCUAGUUCUGAUGAUUUAUUAGGUAUAUUGUUAAAAUCGAAUUUCGAGGAAAUCCAUCAAUAUGGGAGCAAGCAUGGAAUGACAUUGAAGGAGGUCAUUGACGAGUGCAAACUUUUCUACUUUGCCGGGCAGGAGACAACCUCGUCUUUGCUGGUUUGGACGAUGAUUUUAUUGAGUAGGCAUAUGGAUUGGCAAGUCCGUGCUAGAGAAGAGAUCUUACAAGUUUUUGGAAAAGGAAAACCGGAUUUUGAUGAGUUAAAUCGCCUGAAAAUAGUAACAAUGAUUUUUCACGAGGUUCUAAGAUUAUACCCGCCUGCAUUAAUGCUAACUCGAAUGACUCACAAGGCUGCCAAAUUUGAAAACAUAUUGCUUCCAGCCGGAGUGGAGCUCUUACUGCCAGCAAUUUCACUGCACCACGACUCCAAAAUAUGGGGCGAUGAUGCAAAGGAAUUCAACCCAGAGAGGUUCAACGAAGGAGUCUUAAAGGCAACCAAGGAUCAGUUCUCGUAUUUUCCCUUUGGUUGGGGACCUCGUAUAUGCAUUGGCCAGAAUUUCGCAAUGUUAGAAGCGAAGAUAGCACUCGCAAUGAUUUUACAGAAUUAUUCUUUCGAGCUUUCUCCAUCUUACGCGCAUGCUCCUUACACUGUUGCAAUACUUCAACCUCAACACGGCGCACAGUUAAUCCUCCACAAACUGUAGGCAUCAAAAUUUCGGGUUUUAAUUAUGGUUUUUACUUAUAUGUUACUUAGAAUGUUGUAUUUAAAUUUGUAUUGAAAUAAAAUUAUAUAGUAAUUUUUAGAAUAUGAUUGGACAUCUCUUAAAUUUAA